CUUUUUAGGAGAGUCAAGGAGAGUAGUUUUUCAUAUUACUUUUGUCAUCAUUGUUAUUUAUUUGAUAACAAUUCACCAUCAGAACAUAAAACGCACUUACUUAUCCUACAGGAAACUCCCUUCUGUUACGUAUUUGCUUUCAAUUCAUGCUUUGUCUAAUGCCAAAGAGAAUUUGAGGCAGAUUCUAAUUAAAAGCCAAAAAAACAAAACAAAACAAAAAACCCAGAUGACACGGGACCUGAAUAGCCACAUCAGCAAGAAAAGCACACCAUACUAGAAGGACUAUCGGUCUUCUUGGAAUCUGGUUCCUCUGGGAUUCUAGGCACAAAGAAUUUCCUCAAGGCAAAGAGGAAAUACAGUAAAAUCUGCAUAUGUAGGUAUACAUACAAAGUCCCCAUAUACAUCUUCUGUAAAUUUCAAGGGCUUUGCUUUCGGAAAGUUUGCCUAAGUAGUAGUCCAGGGUUAAAGUACCACCUGACUCCACGUAUGUAUAUCAUGUCUCAUGGAACCAAUAUACACUGCACAAUAUACACUGCGCCACCGUGGACCAGGCUCUGGACAUGGCCCUGGGAACACAGUGAUGAAAAAACAUAGGAUUCCUAUCCCAGUGCACUGUGCACCAGUGGAGAAAGGAGCAUUAAACAUAGUUAAGUGUUUUUUUUUUUAAUUGUAGUACUGCGCAUACAAAAUCUAUCAUCGUAACCAUGUUUAAAUAUAUGCUUCAGCGGCACUAAGUAAGUACGUUCCCAAUGUUGUGCAACCAUCACCACCAGGCAUCUCCAGAACUGUUGUCUUGCACAACUGAAACUUUGCACCCAUGAAACAAUAACUCUUCCUCCUUCUUCCCUCCAGCAAAAAUAAUAAUAAUAAUAAUAAUAAUAAUAAUAAUAACCAUUAAAAAUAAGUUUUUGAUUGUGAAUGUGGUCAGUGCUUUGAGAGACAUGAAGCGGAUGCUGUGUCUUAAAAUGAUAGGGCAGCAGGAAGGGCUCUUACCCAGAGAUGGUGAUGGGGAGAAGAAGUCUUUGGGGGUGAAGACAAUCACCCAGCACUAAAUGCUGCAGAGGCAGGUUGGGAGUGGGAAGAAGCGUAAGCCAAGCAGAAGGAACAGCAUGCAUCAUGGGUCAGAGUCAUGACAGGGUCUGCCUUCUUCAAGAAAGAAAAAGGAGCCAGGGUGGUUGGAGCAGGGGCCAGGCGGUGUGCCCGAGCGCGUGCGGGAAGCGGGCGUGCACGGAUAGCAACGAGUGCUGUCACCCCGAGUGCCUGGGCAGCUGCAGCGCGCCGGACAACGACACGGCCUGCGUGGCCUGCAGGCAUUACUACUACGCCGGCGUCUGCGUGCCCACCUGCCCGCCCAACACCUACCGCUUUGAGGGCUGGCGCUGCGUGGACCGCGACUUCUGCGCCAACAUCCCCAGCGCCGAGAGCAGCGACUCCGAGGGGUUCGUGAUCCAUGACGGCGAGUGCAUGCAGGAGUGCCCCUCGGGGUUCAUCCGGAACGGGAGUCAGAGCAUGUACUGCAUCCCUUGUGAAGGUCCUUGCCCCAAGGUGUGCGAGGAGGAGAAGAAAACAAAGACCAUUGAUUCUGUUACCUCUGCUCAAAUGCUCCAAGGAUGCACCAUCUUCAAGGGCAAUCUGCUCAUUAAUAUCCGCCGAGGCAAUAACAUUGCCUCGGAGCUGGAGAACUUCAUGGGACUCAUCGAGGUGGUGACAGGCUACGUGAAGAUCCGCCAUUCCCACGCCUUGGUCUCCUUGUCCUUCCUCAAAAACCUUCGCCAGAUCUUAGGAGAGGAGCAGCUGGAGGGGAACUACUCUUUCUAUGUCCUCGACAACCAGAACCUGCAGCAGCUCUGGGACUGGGGCCACCGCAAUCUGACCAUCAAAGCUGGGAAGAUGUACUUUGCUUUCAACCCCAAGUUGUGCGUCUCCGAAAUUUACCGCAUGGAGGAGGUGACCGGGACUAAGGGGCGCCAGAGCAAAGGGGACAUCAAUACAAGGAACAACGGAGAGCGAGCCUCCUGUGAAAGUGACGUCCUGCACUUCACCUCUACGACCACGUGGAAGAACCGCAUCAUCAUAACCUGGCACCGGUACCGGCCCCCUGACUACAGGGACCUCAUCAGCUUCACCGUCUACUACAAGGAGGCACCUUUUAAAAACGUCACGGAGUAUGAUGGCCAGGAUGCCUGUGGCUCCAACAGCUGGAACAUGGUAGACGUGGACCUCCCUCCCAACAAGGACGUCGAGCCUGGCAUUUUACUGCACGGACUAAAGCCUUGGACGCAGUAUGCUGUUUACGUCAAGGCAGUGACCCUCACCAUGGUGGAGAAUGACCACAUCCGCGGGGCCAAGAGUGAAAUCUUGUACAUUCGCACCAAUGCUUCAGUUCCUUCCAUUCCCCUGGAUGUUCUUUCGGCAUCAAACUCCUCUUCUCAGCUCAUCGUGAAGUGGAACCCGCCGUCCCUGCCCAACGGCAACCUGAGUUACUACAUCGUGAGGUGGCAGCGGCAGCCCCAGGACAGCUACCUUUACCGCCACAACUACUGCUCCAAAGACAAAAUCCCCAUCAGGAAGUAUGCCGAUGGCACCAUUGACGUCGAGGAGGUGACCGAGAACCCCAAGACCGAAGUGUGUGGUGGAGAGAAGGGGCCUUGCUGUGCCUGCCCCAAAACCGAGGCCGAGAAGCAGGCGGAGAAGGAGGAGGCUGAGUACCGCAAAGUCUUCGAGAACUUCCUGCACAACUCCAUCUUUGUGCCCAGACCUGAAAGGAAGCGGAGAGAUGUCACACAAGUCACCAACACCACCAUGUCCAGCCGAAGCAGGAACAUCACGGUGGCAGACACCUAUAAUAUCACAGACCCCGAAGAGCUCGAGACAGAAUACCCUUUCUUUGAGAGCAGAGUGGAUAACAAGGAGAGAACUGUGAUCUCUAACCUCCGGCCUUUCACUUUGUACCGCAUUGACAUCCACAGCUGUAACCACGAGGCUGAGAAGCUGGGCUGCAGCGCCUCCAACUUUGUCUUUGCAAGAACCAUGCCUGCAGAAGGAGCAGACGACAUUCCUGGGCCGGUGACCUGGGAGUCAAGGCCUGAAAACUCCAUCUUUUUAAAGUGGCCGGAACCUGAGAAUCCCAAUGGACUGAUUCUAAUGUAUGAAAUAAAAUAUGGAUCACAAAUCGAGGAUCAGCGGGAAUGUGUAUCCAGACAGGAGUACCGGAAGUAUGGAGGCGCCAAGCUUAACCGGCUCAACCCGGGGAACUAUACGGCCCGGAUCCAGGCCACCUCUCUCUCUGGGAAUGGGUCAUGGACAGAUCCCGUGUUCUUCUACGUUCCCGCCAAAAUAACAUAUGAAAAUUUCAUCCACCUGAUCAUCGCUCUGCCUGUUGCCGUCCUGCUGAUAGUGGGGGGACUGGUUAUCAUGUUGUACGUCUUCCACAGAAAAAGAAAUAACAGCAGGCUGGGGAAUGGAGUGCUGUAUGCUUCGGUGAACCCAGAGUACUUCAGUGCCGCAGAUGUGUAUGUACCUGAUGAGUGGGAGGUUGCUCGGGAGAAAAUCACCAUGAGCCGAGAGCUGGGGCAGGGCUCGUUUGGGAUGGUCUACGAAGGAGUUGCCAAAGGCGUGGUUAAAGAUGAGCCCGAAACCAGGGUGGCCAUCAAAACGGUGAACGAGGCCGCGAGCAUGCGUGAAAGGAUUGAAUUUCUCAACGAGGCUUCAGUGAUGAAGGAGUUCAAUUGUCACCAUGUGGUGCGGUUGCUGGGCGUGGUGUCCCAGGGCCAGCCAACGCUGGUCAUCAUGGAACUGAUGACGCGGGGCGAUCUCAAAAGUUAUCUCAGGUCUCUGAGGCCAGAAAUAGAGAAUAAUCCAGUCCUAGCACCUCCAAGCCUAAGCAAGAUGAUCCAGAUGGCUGGAGAGAUUGCAGACGGCAUGGCAUACCUCAACGCCAACAAGUUUGUCCACAGGGACCUUGCUGCCCGGAACUGCAUGGUGGCUGAAGAUUUCACGGUCAAAAUCGGAGAUUUCGGUAUGACGAGAGAUAUCUACGAGACAGACUAUUACCGGAAAGGAGGGAAGGGGCUGCUGCCUGUGCGCUGGAUGUCACCCGAGUCCCUCAAGGAUGGGGUCUUCACCACUCACUCUGACGUCUGGUCCUUCGGGGUCGUUCUCUGGGAGAUCGCCACGCUGGCCGAGCAGCCGUACCAGGGCUUGUCCAACGAGCAAGUGCUUCGCUUCGUCAUGGAGGGCGGCCUUCUGGACAAGCCGGACAACUGCCCCGACAUGCUGUUUGAACUGAUGCGCAUGUGCUGGCAGUACAACCCCAAGAUGAGGCCUUCCUUCCUGGAGAUCAUCAGCAGCAUCAAGGACGAGAUGGAACCCGGCUUCCGGGAGGUCUCCUUCUACUACAGCGAGGAGAACAAGCCGCCCGAGCCGGAGGAGCUGGAUUUGGAGCCGGAGGACAUGGAGAGCGUCCCCCUGGACCCCUCCGCCUCCUCGUCCUCCCUGCCGCUGCCCGACAGACACUCAGGACACAAGGCCGAGAACGGCCCAGGCCCCGGCGUGCUGGUUCUCCGAGCCAGCUUCGACGAGAGACAGCCUUACGCGCACAUGAACGGGGGACGCAAGAACGAGAGGGCCUUGCCUCUGCCCCAGUCUUCGACCUGCUGAUCCUCGGAUCCCGGAUCCCGUGCAAACAGUAACGUGUGUGCACGCUCGGCGGCGGGUGGGGGGAGAGAGUUUUAACAAUCUAUUCACAGCCUCCUGUACCUCAGUGGAUCUUCAGAACUGCCAUUGCUGCCCACGGGAGACGGCUUCUCUGCAGUAAACACAUUUGGGAUGUUCCUUUUUUCAAUAUGCAAGCAGCUUUUUAUUUCCCUACCCGAACCCUUAACUGACAUGGGCCUUUAAGAACCUUAAUGACAACACUUAAUAGCAACAGAACACUUGAGAAUCGAGUCUCCUCACUCUUUCCCGGUCUCUCCUCUCAUUAUCUGUCUCCCUCCCUCUCCCCCCCGCCCCUUCUCUCUCUCUCUCUCUCUCUCUCUCUCUCUCACCUUUCUCUUUCUUUCUGCUUCAUGAUAGAAAAACAUUUGCCGCAACCCCAGCUGGGACGCCCUUUUGAUCAGAUUGAGGAAAUGGCUGUCCCUCCCUGCGGCCCCCACCCCCAUUGCCCCUGUACACACCUGCCUGUCACCGUAGGUCUUUAUAAACAAAACAAAACAAAACACCUUGAGACGGGAUUUUUUUAACUGUAUCUUUAACCUUUUUAGGGACAUAACGAGAUUUAAAAAGGGCCAUCAUUCAUUCAAGGUUGUCACCAUCUUAAUGCUGCCAAAUUCUGCCAAAACCCUGAACUUCCUCCCUCACGACCCCCCGCACUUAUCUCCUUGUUUCCCGAGGCAUGGGGCGAGCAUGGUAUCUAGUCACGUCAUUUAAGAGCCACGUGGAUGAUGCACUCCAUCUGGUCGCCCCUGGCGUUCUUUUCAAGUCUUACGUUCACACAGGUCUGAUCGCUUUCUGACUAGGCUAUUGUUUGGGGGGAAGUGGACAGGAUGGGAUUUUCUCUCGGUGGAGACUGGGAGAAGUUGAACCCGGCUUCCCUGCCCCUCUCCCCCACCCCCACCUGCUAGCCCCCCGGAAUUGUGGAGGAAACAGGCCCUGUCGUGAGCCUGGAAGACAGGCUUUGAGUCAAGGUCAUCCACGUGCCAGUCUCCUGUCCCCCCCGCCCUUGGCCCCCCGCUCCCGGCCCCCAGGACACAGAUGGGAAGGGGUUUCCAGGGACUCAGCCCAACUGUUUAUGCAGGUUUGCAAGGAAAAGAAAUUCAAACACCACCACAACAGUAAGAAGCAAAGCAGUAAAUGGAUUCAAGCAUUCUAAGCUUUGUUGACAUUUUCUCUGUUACUAGGACUUCUUCAUGGGUCUUACAGUUCUAUGUUAGACCAUGAAACAUUUGCAUACACAUCGUCUUUAAUGUCACUUUUAUAACUUUUUUACGGUUCAGAUAUUCAUCUAUACGUCUGUACAGAAAAAAAAAAAAGCUGCUAUUUUUUUUGUCCUUUAUCUUUGUGGAUUUAAUCUAUGAAAACCUUCAGGUCUACCCUCCUUCCCUCUCUGCUCACUCCAAGAAACUUCUUAUGCUUUGUA